AUGUUCCAUAAUGCCGAAGCCCGACGACGUCACAAACCAAUUUCAUCCACAUCCACAUAUCUAUUUUUCAAUAAGAAUUAUUCCUCCAAACUUCGGGUCAGGGAAAGGAGAGAGAAAAUCGAACGUAAGCGCUUCGAUGCCUUGGAUGUUGCACAGUUUACUAGGGAGUUAAUGGUGUUGAUUGACACGAAUAACUUUGAAGGAUUGGAGGAGAAGAUAAGAUUUUUCAAUAACAUUUUACCGCAGGAAAUAACUUCUAUAGAUACUAUAAAAACACUUAACAUUUGUUUGGACCUAGGUAAUAGCCAGAUCAAGAUCUUGACGCUUAAGUGCCUGGCCAAAAUUGCUGCUGUGAAUCAAGAUUUGAUUGACGAUAAGCAUUACAUACAAUUGUUCAGCAGCGAUUGCAUUGAGAUACUCAAAUUACUACUGGAGUUGUACACUUAUGUUUCCAAAAAACACCUAAAUGAGAGCAAUCUCAAAAACUUGAUUAAAAUUUCAGAAUGCCUAGGUGGCAACGAUUUGGAUUUUUUCAAAAACUUGGCAAAUUUCACAUCAUCAGCACUGACAGACCCCUAUGCCGAAUCUCUUACGCAAUUUAUUGUUAAAUCUAAAGCUGAGAUUUAUCGCAUUUUGGAAUCACUGCCCCAAAAUAUACAUCCUUGCGGCGAUAAUUGUGAAACUAACACAAUUUGUGAUGUGGACUGUGUGACUGACAUGUUAUAUUCAAUUCACUUGUGCUGCGACAAUUUGGAAAGGAAGAUUGGAAUGGCACUAAAAUUUAUAAAUCUAGCUAGUGUAAACCAGGAUAUUUUAUUGCCUGCAUAUUUGAUCAUUUGUCAGACUAUUCACCAAGAUUCGCAUUACCAACUAAAUGAAGAACUUUUUACAAUGUUAGAAACUUCACUUAAAUCACAGAAGAGGCGAGUAAAGCUUGCUUCCCUGGUGCUAGCAACCACUAUGGCCGGAAAGAAUAAUUAUACAGCUAAAUUUGUAUUGCCUUUGUCAAACACGAUUAUCGAUAUAUUAGAGUCAAAGGAAUCUUAUGACAUUCGUCUAGAAUCUGCAAUUUACGUUAUGCACAUGAUGUUUGGGCAUGGCAGCGAAUUCAUAAACAAUUUCAUAAAAAUUGAGCCAAGAAUUUCAGCUGCUAUGUUGGAUCUAUUGGAUUCUUGCAAACAAGAUUAUACCACUGCCUGGUUGUGCUUGGAUUACUUGGAAUGGUGUCUGAGUAAAGAAGAAUCUGUAAGAAGACUGUACGAUUUGAGAGCAAUUGAGAUUAUUGAAUCUGUCCAAUUUUUACACAGUGAAGAGGUUGACCGCAGAGUAUGUGAAUUGAUCAAACCAUUCGAUGUAAUUGAUAUUUAG